UUAGCCACGAGAGCGUUUUGCCGAUAACAGGACUUGUAAUUCUGUUCGUUCAAGAGUGAGGAGGAAAUGGGAGACACAGAGAAAGGAUGAAAGUCUCUAUCAAGAAUUAAACUGCACAUACUCUAUCAGAAGAAUACCUUUUUGAUGAGGAAGUUGACUCUCAAUACAGAGGGACGGAGUAAUGAAAAAAUCCCAUCAACAAUACGGUGACAGUGGCUGAGAAAACUAAGAAAAUAGCGCAAAUUCUAGUGCCGACCAUAUCCAGAAGCGUAAUUUUGCCAUCCUUCCGCGCCUGUUGCAGGACAUUAUCAGAGGAAUAGAUGAUAUAAGUAGAAGCCGAAAGGAACGAAUUCUUCAGAAUGUCUGAAGGCUUGUAUGUAUGUAAGCUUUUUUAAUCAGUUGUAAUGCUGCGAGUGAUUAGGUGGUGGAAAUUGUCCGACAAUGUGGGGCUGACUUUCCAAAGUUGUCGGAUGCCACUUCUGUAGACUUGACCGACCAUACCCACAUUUGGAUAAUUUAGAUUUUUUGUGGGGAUACCUUUGAAGACAACUUUAUCAUACACCAGAGGGUAAUGGAGUUUCGCCUCACUUUGGAUACCCUAUUGGUUUUUAUUGCGCUUAUUGGUUUGGUUUUUGGAUCCCGUCCCAGGUUGGAGGAUGCCCCCCCGCGGAUUGUGGAGCACCCCUCUGACCUGAUCGUGUCCAAGGGUGAACCAGCCACCCUCAACUGCAAGGCCGAGGGGCGUCCCAGCCCCAUGGUGGAGUGGUACAAAGAUGGCGAACGAGUGGAGACAGACAGGGAAGACCCGCGCUCCCACCGUAUGCUGCUGCCCAGCGGCUCCCUCUUCUUUCUGCGUAUCGUCCACGGUCGACGGAGCAAGCCUGACGAGGGGGUCUAUGUGUGCGUGGCACGCAACUACCUAGGCGAGGCCGUCAGUCGCAAUGCAUCGCUGGAGGUGGCAAUCCUGAGGGAUGACUUCAGGCAGACGCCCAGUGACGUUGUGGUGGCGGCGGGGGAGCCAGCAGUCAUGGAGUGCAUCCCCCCGCGGGGCCACCCGGAGCCCACCAUCUCCUGGAAGAGGAACAACAUGAAAGUCAACGACCACGACGAGAGGAUCACUAUUCGAGGAGGCAAGCUGAUGAUUUCGAACACAAGGAAGAGCGACGCAGGCAUGUUUGUGUGUGUGGGCACCAAUAUGGUGGGGGAAAGGGACAGCGACCCAGCAGAACUAGUGGUGUUUGAGCGACCAAUGUUUGUUAAGCGUCCUGUGAACCAGGUGGUGUUGGCUGAUGACACAGUGGACUUCCUGUGUGAGGCCCACGGAGACCCCGCCCCCACCAUCCGCUGGAGGAGAGAGGAAGGAGAUCUGCCCCGUGGCAGGUCAGAUAUCCGCAGUGACCACAGCCUGCGUCUAACCCAGGUCCGGGCUGAGGACGAGGGCACCUACACCUGUGUGUCUGAGAAUAGCGUGGGCAAGGCAGAAGCAUCAGGCAGCCUGCAGGUUCAUGUGCCCCCUCAGAUUGUGGUUCGGCCCCGGGACCAGAUCACAGCCCAGGGUCGCACUGUAAACUUCCUCUGUGGAACCAAGGGCAACCCUCCACCUGCCGUGUUCUGGCAGAAAGAAGGCAGCCAGAUCCUGCUGUUCCCCAUCCAGGAAACUGCCCAGUCAGGCCGGUUCUCUGUGUCUCUGAGCGGGGAGCUGACCAUCACAGACGUCCACAGUGAGGACUCGGGAUACUACAUCUGUCAGGCUAUCUCUGUAGCUGGGAGCAUUCUCACCAAGGCCCUGCUGGAGGUCGAGAGUGCAUCCUCCGACCGAGUCCCACCCAUCAUCCGCCAAGGACCGACCAAUCAAACGCUGGCGCCGGGCUCCAUGGCCCAUUUACAGUGCCACGUGAUGGGCAACCCUCUGCCCAGCAUUCAAUGGGAGAAGGACGGCCAGAGGAUCCUGGGAGACGAGCGUGUCAGCCUGAUGGAGAACGGAAUGUUCCAGAUCAUAAACCUGCAGGAAACCGACUCGGGGGCCUACACCUGCGUGGCUUCCAGCUCGAGCGGAGAAACGAUGUGGAGCGGUGUACUCACUGUGAAAGAGAGUGGAGGUUCAUCUGUGCCCCAGGCAUCAGAACCCUUCCAGCUACCGGGACCUCCCCAGAAGCCUGUGGUGACCGACGUGACCCGCAACAGUGUCACCCUCACCUGGCAGCCCAACGCCCACGAGGGGGGGGCUGCCGUCACCUCCUACAUCAUCGAGGCCUUCAGCCAAUCAGCAGGCAGUACGUGGCAAACGGUGGCUGACCUGGUAAAGUUGGAGAAACACACUGUCAGCGGUCUCUUUCCCAACACCAUCUACCUGUUCAUCGUCCGAGCGGUCAACGCCUACGGGCUGAGUGACCCCAGCCCCAUCUCUGAGCCCGUCCGCACACAAGAUGUGAGUCCUACAGGUCAGGGAGUGGACCACAGGCAGGUCCAGAGAGAGUUGGGAGAGGUGGGUGUUCAUCUUCAGGAGCCUGUCACACUCACUGCCUCCAGUGUUCAAGUAUCAUGGACGGUAGACCGUCAGUCCCAGUACAUCCAGGGCUACCGGCUCCUCUACCGGCCCAGCGGUGGCACCUGGCAGCUGCAGGAUAUCAAGGCCCCGUCAGAGCGCCUGGCCGUGGUCGCCGACCUGCUCACAGGCACAGAGUAUGAGAUCAAGAUCCGGCCCUACUUCGACGAGUUCCAGGGCAAGGACAGUCGGCUGCUGCUGAUCAGAACAGCAGCGGAAGUCCCAAGCGCCCCUCCCAGAGCAGUCACCGUGGUUACAGUGAAGCUGAGCAACAGCUCCAGUAUUAGUGUGUCCUGGGAGCCUCCUCCCGCCGACAUUAAGAAUGGAAUAAUCCAGGAGUACAAGGUGUGGUGUGUGGGCAAUGACACCCAGACCCGCAACCACAUCAACACCACCGUGGAUGGCACUGUCCUCUCCACCGUACUCAAGGGGCUGCUGCCAGGCAUCCUGUACCAGGUGGAGGUGGCAGCGGUGACCAGCGCCAGAGUGGGCAUCCACAGCCAGCCUGUGUCCGUCCUCAUCAAGCUGCCAGUGGAGGCACCGUCAGUGCCCGGUACCGGGGGAGGCGUGGAGGGUGAUGAGAGCAGCGUGAGCCUGGCCGAGCAGAUUACUGACGUGGUGAAGCAGCCGGCGUUCAUCGCUGGGAUCGGCGGGGCCUGCUGGGUCAUCCUCAUGGGUUUCAGCGUGUGGAUCUACUGCCGCCGCAAGAAGAGGAAGGAGCUUAGUCACUAUACUGCAUCGUUCAACUACACGCCUGCUGUUGGCUUUCCACAUGGAGAGGCAUCUGGACUUAAUGGAAGGCCUGGCAUGCUGGGUGGCAACAUGGGCAACUACCCAUGGCUGGCAGACUCUUGGCCCACCACCAACCUGGUCCACAGUGGCAAGGAGGCUGUCAACUGCUGCGCCUCCAAACAUGACACGGCAGAGAGAUACUACAAUGAAGCGGGCAUCUCUAACUACUUGAACCAGACAGAGAAGUACAGCACGGGCAGCUCCAACGAAGGUCCUAUCUACAGCACCAUCGACCCCAACGCCGAGGACCUGCGUAGCUUCAACAGCCCCUACUCCUCCACCACGCCCUACGCCAGCACUCCCAUCAUGCCCUUCACCAACCAGGCACUCCAUGGCUCUCACAGCCCCACAGAGCAAGAUGGCGGUCACUGGAUCACCCAGCCCGCCGGACCCUCUUCCCAGUACGCCCAGCCCGAGCGCUGCAGGACGGACUGCGGUAAACCCAAGCAGAAGUCCAUGGGGAAGGCGGUGAAGACCCCUUCUCUAAAAUGGACAGAAGCCCUCCCCCCACCCCCCUCAUCUGGGGAGCUGGAGCAGUGUGUGGUAGAGGCUAUGCCCAUGGAUGACCGUGAGGACAUGGAGCUAGGGUCUGAUGAGGAAGAGUGGUGCCCGCCCCUUCCGGAAAGAACCUAUCUGAUCGAGGGCUGUGAGGUAGGUCCCGCCCCUCCCCUCAGGGGUGACGCCUCGUCCCCCGCCACCUCCUUUAGUCACCAGUCCACCGCCACCCUCACACCGUCGCCCAGAGAGGAGAGCCGCCAUCCACCCCACAACACAGCACGCCUUCACCACCUUGAUGGACAGCAGCUAGCAUGUAGGUUACCUUGCGGUCCCGUCUCAGUGCCCCGGGCGCCCAGCCCACCCCUCACCCAGUCCAACCCCAACCUCUCAGCCCAGCAACACGGUGAGGGCUCCGAGGUGGGCACACCGCUCCGCAUUGGCUUGGCCCACCGCCGUGACCUCAGCCAGGGGGCAGCACUGAGUGCCGACAAUGUCAGCUCCACCACACCUGUAAGAGCUCAGCCCUCCCCAGCUGACAACACACACGCUCCCCCCGGCCUGAAGUCUCGAGUGAAAAAGAAGACUUCCAACAGCGGAGCUUACAGAAGAGAGGUGCUUAAUCAAGGAGACCUCCCUCCUCCACCAGAGCCACCUCCAGAGAAUGGAGCAGUGCGGUGCCCAGCAAGGGCUGUAGACUGUGGCCAAGCAUCCCUGGACAGAGAGGGAGAAAGGAGCACCCCCUACAGGAAGGGAUCAGGACAGAGACGCCAAGAUGAUGAGGACCUGAUCCCGUACAGCAAGCCCAGCUACCUGGCGGGGCGGGGGUGUCAGAUGUCCAGUAACUGCUCCACUACAGGAAGCUCCUCGUCGCGGGGCUCCACGGGGUCACGAGGGGGUCCCGGCUCAGGCAGGAAACACAACGAGGAAAUGAGAUAAGUGGAUACCGGAAGACUCGCAGAAAACAAAACACCUUUGUCAUUCGACUUUCCUUUGAUGCCUCCCAUUUUCUUUCUUUGAUCAAAGCAAACAGAAAAAAAAUUAAGAUCACUUUCUGAAGAACAAUGGAAUAAGAACGGAUUUUCAUAAAUUGUUUUAUAUUAUUAUGAUUAUUUAUGACUCUCGGGCUUGGCCCGUGUUCAUUUGCAAAUAGCCAUUGCUGUACUGUUUUUACGUGGGCUCUGGAUAAAGGGAAAGAAAAAGUAUAUUGUAUUUAUAAGGAAAAACACAUGUAUAAAACGUUAAUGUCUUGAAUGUGCCAACGUCAUUUUGUAGAACUGUAUACCCUUCGGAAAGCAUAAAGACUAUUGCACUCUUGUUGUGGUGGAGAAACAACAACAAAUAUGAAGCACAAAGUGUGUUCAUGUCAGGCAGCCGGCCGGACAGCUGAACCUGCAGGGGUCCUCGUGCACUCAGGACGACUCUGCCUGUCUUCUCUGGAUCCCUAUCGCCCCUGGUCCAAUGAGAAUAUUAUUUUCAAAGUUGUUGUUUUGUUUUUUUUACAGAAGAAGCUAGUUGUGAACUGACAGACCGACAACGUUGUGAAAAGAUUGUAACCGUCACUUUUGAAGGACAGUUGCUGCGAUUGUGCGCCGACUUGCAUAUUCUGUUAAAAAAAAAAAAAAAACUGUUCUGUCAACUAACUUUUUGGUAGUCUUGUUGUUUUGUAAUAAUACAAUAAAAUACAUUUGUUGAACAAUAAA